AUGGGGAAAUGUCGCCACCCGAUCGACGAGACCGCGCUUCUGCGCUUCUGUCGCGCGCGCGUACCCGGGUUCCCUCGCGCGUGCGCGUCGCUCGACGUCGACCAGUUUGCGCACGGACAGUCGAACCCGACGUAUAAGAUCCUCGCGCUGACGCGCCGCGGUGACGUCUGCGGGACGUACGUCGUGCGAAAGAAACCGGCGGGAACGUUGCUGAAGUCCGCGCACGCGGUCGAGCGCGAAUACGCCGUGAUGCGGGCGCUGCGUACGACGAACGUGCCGACGCCCGACGCGCUCGCGCUGUGCGAGGACGCGCGCGUGCUGGGCGAGGCCUUUUACGUCAUGUCUUACGUCGAUGGGGAUAUUUAUUUGCAACCGCGCAUGGAGGAAUGCUCGGAGCGUCGUCGCGGAGCGGUGUACGAGAAGAUGGCGCGAACGCUCGGGACGCUGCACGCGGUGGACCCGCGCGCGGUGGGGUUGGGCGAUUUCGGUAAAGCCGAGCGCUACGGCGAGCGACAGACGGAACGGUGGGCGAAACAGUACGAAGCGAGCGUGGGACCGGGGGUCGGCGUACACGCAGAAGAAUCCAUGAUGACUUUGAUCGCUUGGCUGCGCUCGAACGCGCCGGCGAAAGAGAUUAGCGGGCGGUUGGUGCACGGCGACUUUCGAUUGGACAACUUGGUCCUGAGUCGCGCGCGCUCGAACGGCGACGACCAAGUCGACGUUUUGGCGGUUUUAGAUUGGGAAUUGAGCACUCUGGGUGCGCCAUACGCGGAUGUGGCGUUCAAUUGUUUG